AUGGUACAGCUUCUAGGACCUUCCGCUCUCCAAACUGUCAGCUCAGUGGCUACCUUGCAGAAUGCAUAUUUCAGAGCUUUGCAAGUCUUCCCCGAAAGUGUUAAGCCCACCAGGGUGAUUCUCAUUUUGACAAAGCUCUAUGACUAUAACCUGGGGAGCAUCACUGAGAGCUCGCUUUGGAGGUCAACCGAUUAUGGGACAACCUAUGAGAAGCUGAAUGAUAAAGUUGGGUUGAAAACAAUUUUAAGUUAUCUCUACGUGUGUCCUACCAACAAGCGUAAGAUUAUGUUACUCACGGACCCGGAGAUUGAGAGCAGUUUGCUGAUCAGCUCAGAUGAAGGAGCGACCUAUCAGAAGUAUCGGCUGAGCUUCUACAUCCAGAGCUUGCUCUUCCACCCCAAGCAGGAGGACUGGAUUCUGGCGUACAGCCAAGACCAGAAGUUAUACAGCUCCGCUGAGUUUGGGAGAAGGUGGCAGCUUAUCCAGGAAGGGGUUGUCCCCAACAGGUUCUACUGGUCUGUGAUGGGCUCCAACAAGGAACCAGAUCUUGUGCAUCUCGAGGCCAGAACUGUGGAUGGUCAUUCGCAAUACCUGACUUGCCGCAUGCAGAACUGCACCGAGGCCAACAGAAAUAGACCUUUCCCGGGCUACAUUGACCCGGACUCCUUGAUUGUGCAGGAUGAUUACGUGUUUGUUCAGCUGACGUCGGGAGGACGGCCGCAUUACUACGUGUCCUACCGAAGGAAUGCGUUUGCCCAGAUGAAGCUGCCCAAGUACGCUCUGCCCAAGGACAUGCACGUCAUCAGCACAGAUGAGAAUCAAGUGUUUGCAGCGGUCCAAGAAUGGAACCAAAACGACACCUACAACCUCUACAUCUCAGACACCAGGGGUGUCUAUUUCACCUUGGCCUUGGAGAAUGUCCAGAGCAGCAGAGGCCCUGAGGGCAAUGUCAUGAUCGACCUCUAUGAGGUAGCAGGGAUAAAGGGGAUGUUCUUGGCUAACAAGAAGAUUGACAACCAAGUGAAGACGUUCAUCACCUAUAACAAAGGCAGAGACUGGCAUUUGCUGCAGGCGCCGGACACGGAUUUAAGGGGGGACCCUGUGCACUGCUUACUGCCUUACUGCUCACUACACCUUCACCUUAAGGUCUCUGAGAAUCCCUACACAUCAGGGAUCAUUGCCAGCCGAGAGACAGCUCCCAGCAUCAUAGUGGCGUCAGGUAACAUAGGUUCUGAAUUGUCAGACAGCGACAUCAGCAUGUUUGUCUCUUCAGAUGCAGGGAACACUUGGAGGCAGAUCUUUGAAGAAGAGCACAGUGUCCUGUAUCUGGAUCAAGGUGGAGUCUUAGUUGCCAUGAAGCACACGUCUCUUCCAAUUCGACAUCUCUGGUUGAGUUUUGAUGAAGGGAGAUCUUGGAGCAAAUACAGUUUCACAUCUAUUCCCCUUUUUGUGGAUGGGGUUCUGGGUGAGCCUGGGGAAGAGACUCUAAUCAUGACAGUGUUCGGACACUUCAGCCACCGCUCUGAAUGGCAGCUGGUCAAAGUGGACUACAAGUCCAUUUUCGAUAGAAGGUGUGCCGAGGAGGACUACAGACCUUGGCAGCUGCACAGCCAGGGGGAAGCAUGCAUCAUGGGAGCCAAAAGGAUAUAUAAGAAGCGGAAGUCAGAGCGGAAAUGUAUGCAAGGAAAGUAUGCAGGAGCCAUGGAGUCUGAACCCUGUGUCUGCACAGAGGCCGAUUUCGACUGUGACUAUGGUUAUGAGCGACACAGCAAUGGUCAGUGCCUGCCAGCGUUUUGGUUCAAUCCAUCCUCUCUGUCCAAGGAUUGCAGCCUGGGACAGAGUUAUCUCAACAGUACUGGGUAUAGGAAGGUGGUUUCCAAUAACUGCACGGACGGCGUGAGAGAACAGUACACGGCCAAACCACAGAAAUGUCCAGGGAAGGCCCCACGGGGUCUCCGGAUCGUCACGGCGGAUGGAAAGUUGACAGCAGAGCAAGGGCACAAUGUUACUCUCAUGGUGCAAUUGGAAGAGGGCGACGUUCAGAGGACAUUCAUCCAAGUGGACUUCGGUGAUGGCAUCGCAGUGUCGUAUGUCAACCUCAGCUCCAUGGAAGACGGGAUCAAACACGUCUAUCACAAUGUGGGCAUUUUCCGAGUGACCGUGCGGGUGGACAACAGUCUCGGGUCUGACAGCGCCGUCCUGUACUUACAUGUAACUUGUCCCCUGGAGCAUGUGCACCUGGCCCUGCCCUUUGUCACCACGAAGAACAAAGAGGUCAACGCAACCGCCGUGCUGUGGCCCAGCCAAGUGGGCACCCUCACCUACGUGUGGUGGUACGGGAACAACACGGAGCCCUUGAUCACCUUGGAAGGCAGCAUAUCAUUCAAGUUUACCUCUGAAGGGAUGAACACCAUCACAGUGCAGGUCUCAGCUGGGAAUGCCAUUCUGCAAGAUACCAAGACCAUCGCAGUGUAUGAGGAAUUUCGAUCUCUUCGCUUGUCCUUUUCUCCAAACCUGGACGACUACAACCCGGACAUCCCUGAGUGGAGGAGGGACAUCAGCAGAGUCAUCAAAAAGUCCCUGGUGGAAGCCACUGGGGUUCCGAGCCCCCACAUCCUGGUGGCGGUGCUCCCUGGUUUACCUACGGCUGCUGAGCUCUUUGUCCUGCCAUAUCAGGAUCCAACAGGAGAGAACAAAAGGUCAGCAGAGGAUCUGGAGCAGAUAUCGGAGCUACUGAUCCACAAGCUCAACCAGAACUCGGUGCACUUUGAGCUGAAACCCGGGAUCCAAGUCCUCGUCCACGCAGCACACUUAACAGCAGCCCCACUGAUCGACCUCACCCCGACCCACAGUGGAUCCGCCAUGCUGAUGCUGCUCUCCGUGGUGUUCGUGGGGCUGGCCGUGUUCGUCAUCUACAAGUUUAAAAGGAAGAUCCCCGGGAUUAAUGUUUAUGCCCAGAUGCAAAAUGAGAAAGAACGGGAGAUGGUCAGUCGAGUCAGUCCCACUGAAAGCAGGCCCCAUAUCUCUCAGACUGAACUGAGGAGGCCUGGCCCGCUGAUAGAUGAGAAGGUGGAAUCCCAGCUCAUAGGAAGUAUUUCCAUAGUUGCUGAGAAUCAAAGCACAAACGAAAUCCCUACCUAUGUAAAUGUUUGAAUGGAGGACGCCA